CGGGAGGCAGCGGCCCGGCUUCAGUCCGAGAGGGAGUUUCUCUCCCCCCCGCCCCCCUCCCAACUCCUUUAAAAAUGGCCGUUGGCGGCGACGCGGGGCUUCUCGUCCAGGGGGUUCGCAGCUAAAAUACCCAGAAAUUAUUUUUUUUCCUCGCGGCUUAAAGCAGCCAAUCAGCGCGCGCGGCGCCCGGUUGCCUGGUGUCGUUAGCAAGCGGGAAGUAUGGCGGCGGCAAGGAGCGAGGCGGCUACGUCGGCUCUGGGAGCCAGGGAAGGUUCGGUAGUUAAUUGGUCAGGUCAGGGGUUGCAAAAGUUGGAUCCAACAUUACCCUGUGAUGCUGACGUUCAUACUCUAAUUCUGGAUAAAAACCAAAUAAUUAAACUGGAACACCUGGAGAAAUGCAGGAACUUAAUGCAGCUAUCUGUAGCCAACAAUCGACUUGUAAGGAUGAUGGGUGUGGCAAAACUGACGCAGCUCCGGGUAUUAAACUUGCCUCACAACAGUAUUGGUUAUGUGGAAGGGCUGAAGGAUCUGGUGCACUUGGAGUGGCUAAACCUGGCAGGAAAUAACCUUAAGACCAUAGAUCAGAUCAAUAGCUGCACAUCUCUUCAACAUCUUGAUUUGUCAGACAACAAUAUACCUCAAAUAGGAGAUCUCUCCAAGCUUUUGUCUCUAAAGACUCUGCUGCUGCAUGGAAAUAUUAUAACCUCACUUCGUAUGGCACCUGUUUGCCUGCCUCAAAGUCUGAUUAUUCUCUCUUUAGCAGAAAAUGAAAUCAGAGACUUGAACGAGAUUUCUUUCUUGGCUUCCUUUCCUGAGUUGGAGCAAUUGUCAAUUAUGAACAACCCUUGUGUGAUGGCCACACCUUCUAUUCCUGGAUUUGACUAUCGGCCAUAUAUUGUCAGCUGGUGUCUGAAUCUUAAAGUUCUGGAUGGAUAUGUGAUUUCUCAGAAAGAGAGUUUGAAAGCAGAAUGGCUUUACAGUCAAGGUAAAGGACGAUCAUAUCGACCUGGCCAGCAUGUUCAGUUAGUCCAGUAUCUGGCCACUGUUUGUCCUCUUACCGCUACAUUUGGUCUCCAGACUGAAGAGGAUGCCAAACUGGAAAAAAUACUGAAUAAGCAGAGGCUCCACCAGAAGCAGUUGAUGUACCAAAGCCAAAAUGAAGGGCUGCCUACAUCCUCUAUUCCCAACAAAGCAGUGCCUGCUACGUAUGAACACAACAGUCCAACCCAAAGGCCCCAGAUAAUUCCUGAAAGUGAACCUGUUAUCCAAAGGAAUUCUUGGGUUGGGCCAGGCUCCAGUGAUGACCAUUCCUAUGCAGUUAAGAAUGUCUUUCCGGCUUCAGUGCAAGCUGAAAGAAGCUGUCACAAUGAGCUGUACCUGGAGGACAUACAGACUGAUGAGGACAAACUGAACUGCAGCCUUCUGUCCUCAGAGUCUACUUUUAUGCCAGUAGCUUCAGGACUGUCUCCAGUAUCUCCCACUACAGAAUUAAGGCUACAUGGAAUCAAUUUGAACCUAGAAGAAGAUGAUAAUACAGUGAUUGUAUUUGUGAAGGAGGUCAAUAAAGAUGAGGAUGAUAAGCAGGAAAAGACUUCUUGGGUUACAAAUGAGUGUUCCAUCAAAACAGCAGAAAUUGUGGAAACUCAAGAGGAAGAUAAUGAGGAUGGAAUAUUGCCUUCCCCUAGUCCAGCAACAGUCACUGCUAACCCAAUUGCGAGUAUUAAUGACUGUUUCGCAUCAUCUGUUGACCAAGUUCUGUGCAGCCACCUCAAGCCACCAUUAACUGAUGAACCAUUAAUUAAAAAUCUUUAUACUGAGCAAACUAUAGAGAGAAAUUCUACUGAUGCAUCAGCUGCUGUUGACCAAGAUGCUGAACUUCAAAGAAUGAACAAAGCGGCCACCAAGCUUCAAGCCUGUUGGAGGGGAUUCCACACAAGAAACUACCAUCCCAGAGCCAAGGAAGUGCGUUACGAAAUUCGGCUAAGCAGAAUGCAAGAGCAUAUUGUUUUCUUAACUGAUGAAGUAAGAAAAUUAAGAAAAGAAAGAGAAGAAGAGAGGAUUCAAAAACUUGUACAAGAGGAGGCUGUCAGAUACCUUUGGAACCAGGUUAGAUCCCUUCAGCAGUGGCAACUUUCAGUGAACCAAAACCUUAGCACUUGGCAGCUUGGUGCUUCUGCAUCAAGUACUUUGUGUCCAUCCAAACUAUCUGUCCAGUCAUCUGGGCUCAAUCAAGAAAACUCUCCUGUUGGUAGUUCUACCUGGUUGGUUUCAGCUACUGAAGCUCUUCAUGAGAAAACUUUACCUGAGUUCCCAGAUUCUGGCUUUCACUCCUCUAUAACUGACCAAACUCAUGUUAAUGACUCUCAUGGCUCUGAAAAGAGUUCCACAGAAGGAAAUGAGAGCUCUCUGAUUGGGAAUUCUAUAGAAACAGGCAAACUGUGUGGAGAUCCUGUCUCAGAAUGUAUUUCAGAUACAGAGGGUGUCCAGGCAGACCAUGAGGAAUGGAGUCAAGAGAGCUCAAAUAGUGAGCAGGACAGUAGUCUUCUCCAACAAUACUUGAAGUCAGUUCAGCAGCUCGAAGAGGCUGAUGACAGGACAAAUUGGAGUGAUGGGACAGAAAGGAGUAGGCCACAGACAGCUGCAUCAGCAGAAAAACAGGAUUCUUUGUCAGACUCUGUUUCUGUAAAUGUCUCUCAAGAUGUACCUUCACCUGCACAAAAUGAAAUUAAUCCGACACCAGAAAGUUACAAAUUGAAUUCAGGAGUAGUGGAAGGGAAGCAAACAGAAUGUGAUGCUUCAUUUCAGGAGCUGCAUGUUGGCAUAGCUGUGUAGUGGGCUUAGCUCCAUGGAAAAUUAGGGAAUACAGUUAACUUUUUUUUGCCAUUUAUACAGAAUUUGUAUUCUUUUCAUAUAUUCUAUUCUGGAUUCCCAAACCCAUUUUACCGGAAAGGCUUAACUUUUAAUAGCAUCUUGAAUGUUGAUGCUAACUAUGCUAAAAUGCAUAUUUAUUGAAUGUUGAUGUUAACUAUGCUAAACUGAAAUGAGCAAAGUUCUCUGUGGUGGACGUAAUGCACUUUAUUUCUGAAUGACUCUUGUAGCUUAAUAACUGCUUUUCAUAAAUUAUAAUUCAAAGGAUUAUGAUUUUCCUAUUGGCUCAAUUCAGCUAAAGUAGAUAAGCUUUAGUAAGUUUUUAUUUUUCCUAAAAGUCCGAGCUUAAGUUCAUGUUCUGUGCAAAUAAGGAAACAGCAUGGGAAAAGACAGGAAUAGAGGAAGAAUGAAGACUAUCUCUGCAUGUAUUGGUAUAAACUGACAGGAAACAGGACAACAGAGAUCACUUAAUAGAGCUUCUGUGGACCCGAACUUAGGUAUCUGUCAAGAUUUUCAAAAAUAAGUGCUCUAAAACUUGAAUCCCAAGUCACUGACAGGACAAGUUGCAAGUGAUGGGGCAGUAGGCCACAGACAGCUGCAUCCACAGAAAAACAAGAUUCUUUUAGGUCUUUUUUUUUUUUUUUUUAAGACAAUUGAAGCUCCUGGGUGCUCUGAACCUUUGAAAAUAGGCCAUUUAUUUAGAAGCCUAAAUAUGGACUUAGGAGAGUCAAACUUUAGGGAUGCAUCUUUAAAACAAGUCUUGACCCUUGUCUCCCGUUCGGCCCAAUCGUACUGUCCUUUCUCAGGUAAGACUCAUGGUAGGGUCAAUGGCAGUAUUUCGUGAGUUAGGGCUCCAAAAGGACCUAGUAACAUAAGCAUAUGCAGUGUCCCUCUCUGCCAAGUGAACCGCAGCCAUGUGUGGUAGGAACAAGAUGAAAACAUAGUUUUGGAGGGAGCCAUACUGGUGUGAUUAAAAUAGAGGCCUGAUUACCUAAUUAGAAGUAUUGAACCUCCACGGAGAUGGCCCUGUUAUCUGCUGGUAUCUCAGGUGUAAAUAUUAGAAGGAAAUUCCAUGAGUUGAAACUGUUUCCUGCCCCUUAGUUGUUUUUUUCCCAUGUAAAGGAGCAUUAAACAUUUGACACUAAUUGGUUUUAAUUAAUUGUAAACGUGUGUGUCUCAAUGUGCUGAUUUAGUUUUGCUUCACCUUCCUUUUAAACUCUGGGGAAGCGGUGACAGCAGAUAAAGUAUAAAUGGCAGUUAGGCAUAAUGCAAACCCCACUUUAUCCUGUUAUACCUUGUUCAGGGAAAUAAAAUAAUCUUCAGUAUGGCACAAAAGUAGCAAUAGAAAAUUAUUGUGCCAUGUAAUUUGGAAAGGUCAACAGUAAAAUAAAAAAAAUCAGCAAACGCACUGUGAGGCUGAACCUCCAGAUAAUAAUGCUCUUUGAAUUAUGUGUGUGAAUUUCUCUGAGGUCAGUGCAACUAAUCGCAUGAACAAAGAUAAUUUUCACAAGGUCAGCUAUUGCUCCUUCAAAUAUAAAGUGAUUUUUCCAAACAUGUCACCCUAUUAAAUUCUGGAGAUUAUUAUUUUUUAAAAGUCUUGAUUCCCAGUCCCUAUUAGGUCCUAAGGAUGGAAUUCAUCCCUGUGCAGACAGUUGGCAGAAAGCCACUGAACCACUUAAGUCCCCAAAAUAGAGCUGAAGUGGAACUCAAGUAGUGUAUGGGCCUUUUACCAGCCCAGUGCACAGGCGUGAACUUCACCUUGAAAGAAUAAAGCUUAUCUUUAUAUAUAGUACAACCUUCUUUUUUUCUAGAAGUCAUGGGGAUGUUAUAUACAUAUUGGGUAAUCUGGGAAUUCUUGUUGUAAUUAAGAAGCUAGGGCACUUGACUGUUUUGAAUAACGAGAAUAUUUAGAUAAUUGAGGUUGAAAUAUAUUAAAUAUACAUCUUGCCACCUAAUGCUAGUUAAAACAUAUCUGUAGUGUAACUGAGUUGGCAUUUAGAUGAUCUAAGGAGAUGUGAGUUCUCUACUUCCAUUGAAAUCAAUGGCUGUUGGGGAUCUCCACCUCUUUUAGGAUGGGACCCUUAGGGGGGCUGGUGAUUUUGUAUCAAUCUGGUGUGGAACUCUCAGGUAUCUCUUUAAAGGGACUUGGAGCAUUCCAUUAAGUGUGAGAGGAUUUCUCUGCUGUACACAAAACAGUUGCCAAAUGUUGAAAGGAAUCAUUAAGUUCUCACUCUAGUGACAGAAUGAGAGUGUAAUAGAUCUCAUGUUGAAAAUUUAAUUUCUUUGGAUAAGAACAGUAUCAAUUACUGAAGACUUUAAUUUUGCUAUUUUAUAUAAAAGUGCCUCAUUUGCUGCCAGGAACUAAGCUGAGAAGAGUCAACAUAUGUUGUGUAAGUGCCAAAAGGUAAUACCUUCAUAAAACUAAUUUUCCAUGGAAGCCAUAGAAGUUCAUAGUAUUCCCUGUAGUCGUAGGACUUGCAAACACAAAUGCACAAAGACUUUUAUUUUACCUGAUAUCUAUAUCAACUGUUACUUGUAACCUGUACAUCCAACUCUCUAUAUAAUAUCCAAAAAUCUUUCAUUUUGUGAAGAUUUAGCAAAAUAUAUACCAACUUAUAAUAUUCAGCUGUAUCUUGUUACUUUUUCAAAAGCUUUGAAGCACAAAAUAUCUCUUCUGUUGUUGUGCGGUAUAUCUUGCAUGUGUAGAAAAUAAAUUGCCUAAAUUUAGCAUAUUUAAAUGUCAGAGAAAGAUUUGGAUUAAUAACUUUUGCAGGAUUAGAAGUAAUUAGUUGUACAUAAGCAAAAGUAUUGUGUUGAGCAGCAUGAAAUAAAAGGCUAAAUAAUACCUUAAAUAUGGAAAGGAAAAGAGAUAAUGAAAGAUAAAGCUGAAAAAUAGCAAACAGCAUGAUGAAAUAGUGAAAUCAAUGGGAGUUCUGAGUAUAUAAUGAAUUUAGAAUCUGUUGCUGUAGAUACUUGAGUGGUGACUAAUCUGUCCUCUACAUCUCCCCACCCUUUAUGCUGUUUGGUAAACAAAAUGAAUGAGCGCUCUAAGGGAGAGCUUUCCAAAAGCAUGAAGCAGUGGUCUAACACCGCUCUCAUUCACUUCAAAGGAAGCAGAGUUAGGCUUACACUGAGUGCUCUUGCAAAUCCCACCCUAGAUUUAUCGUUGUUACAGAAAUGCUUUUCUCACAGUGCAGGGAAAACAUUAAGAUUACAAGUUUGGUUUGAUCAUUCUAAAACAUAAGUAUCGCUGGACAAAUAGCUGUGGAAGCCCUUGAUAAGUUAAAUGGUGCAAGUGUAAUAACUUUUUUAUAUUUAUUUCUAGGAGACCCCAUAACAUGCAUGCUACAUCUAAUAAGAAAAUGUACUUAUCAGCCAAUCUGUGUGUAUGUAUGCAAAUAAGCUCAUUUUUCUGAAUAAUAUAGAAUGCCAUUGAGCUUGCAAGUUGUUCAUGAUUAUAUUAUUUUAGGUAUAUUGACUUUUGUGACCUUUUUGUACACUAUCUAUAGAACUCCAAGCCUUAUUGCCACUUGUGGCAGAUUGUUUGGGGAACUGGCCAAACUCAAGAAAUGGAAGAUGUGUUCCUCUGAGUCUACUUUAGUUCAUUUUGAGUUGAAAAUAUGUCUAAUUUGAAAUGGAGAUGACUUGAAUGAAAAUGCAGUAUAAAGCCGGUCAGUUCCUCUGCUUUAACUAGUGGAAAGGAGACACUUCUAUUUAUUUUUUCCUUGAGGAUUGUGCCACUCAAUUAAGUAAACUUAUAGUGAAGCAUUUUCAAAAAUAUUUUAAUAGACCAUUUUCCUACUGUAACUUUCUCAGAAGUUUUUCACACAACAUUUUUUGGUCCCAUGGUUUGUCUUGGUGGCCAAGACUUAUGCUAUCUUAAGUGUUCACAUCACUUCAGCAAAAAGUAAAGGACUUUAGACACUUAACUCUUAUAAACUAUUUAAUAGUAUUACAAUAAGAGGUGCUUUAACCGUGAAUAAGUGCCAUACUAAAUCUUAACUUACAGAACUAAUAGAUGUAAAUAGUGAUAUAGGAGACUACUCUAUGGCUUCAUUACAUAUAAAUUCAGUGGGCCAAAUUCACCCUUAGUGUAAUUUCUCUGAAAUUAAUUUUAAGUUUGAAUUUUUCACAGUAGUAUUCUACCUCUAACCUAGUCUUAAAAAACAACAAUUAGGCCUUGAUUUGUCUUUAUACUUCUCACUAUUUUCUGUGAAGAAUGUUGAGUGGUUAAACUGGUACAAUUUGUAUAUUUUCUAUGAUUGUUUACAUGUAUGAAUUUAUUGGUUCUGAUAUUUAGUUUGUACCUCUGAGUUUUGAUUUUUAAAUAAAUUUGUACACUGAUUGGA